UUUAUUCCUGGUGAUUAUUUCACCGUUUAAAUUCAGUUUACUCUAUCAUGAACAGCAAUGCCGAAGAGAGGGGACUCUCUGUUUAACUGAGUAUAAGCGUAGUAGGUAUUUGUUAUGGUAGUCUGCGUAUGGAUUGUGUAUUUUGCGUCUCCAGUUGUGAUAGUAGCGAACUUUGUAAUGGAAAAAUACAGGCCUUGACUCUCACUGGUUGUAACAUUAUGUCCUGUUGGGAAAGACAGACAGGCAUAGCGACAUAACGUUACUGACAUAAGAAACUAUUUCAGCUCUGAAUCUCAUCCAGGUUAUUUUUGUAGAAUCAACCCAUCCGCUUCUCCUGGAGAAGCUACGUCCCGUUUGUCGCUGCAGACGAAACCAAUCUUAACAUGGUCUGAUGGGCGGUUUAUAGAAAGGCUUCCGCUCCAGUGUUUUACAAUCUACAGGCUGGUAGCAAACUAGACAUCAGGCUAUAGCCGUGCUAGCAGACUGGAUUAGCUGGCUCGUUAGCUUGGCAUCAUGGCUACGUAGCCAGCACGCUAAUAUUGUCUCGGCUGGAUAGCUGCUAACCUCAGCAAGGCCGCCAUUGCAGUCGUGUGUGCGGUCUGUCGGUGCUGCCGCAGUGAAGCGGAGCUUUAGCCCGGACUGUAGCCAAGAUUCAUCGCGCCCUCUCCAUCUGCAAGUAACUUGCUUGUCUGGUAGCUUUCUCUUCGGUUACUGUGAUUCAACCUGCACCUGUCGUGGGAUUUGUCAUAUUUAGAUUCCUAUGACUCGCUGACAAGAACACCAGCGCUGUCCUGAAAAAACAAAGCUCUGUAUACCCCGAUUCCUUCUUUAGUCAUCGCCCGGCAGGAAAACGGAGGUCGUGGGGCUGGAGUGUGUUCUCAUGGCCGAGUCAGAGACUGAAUGUGACACACCCGGCCUUGACACACUUGGGUCGGAGUGUGUCAUAGCCCACAGCCAUGUCGACCUUCACUAUGGAGCAGAAACUGAGAUCAUGACAGAAGAAAAGCGUGGAUUAGAGUUGGAGAUCCACGGCUCAGACUUAAAGAUCCAGGGGCUGGGGACAGACCUCGGAGCUGUAGCCUGUGUGGAUGCAAUUGUAGCAGAGACAGACCAUGAUUACAUUAAAGUGGAACAUGGUGAGAUGCACUGUUUCACAGGAGCAGAAAUCAAGACAACAGGAAACGAGGCCCUGCUGGGAGAGGUGCUGCUUAAGGCAGAAAGCGAGCAUGUGGUCAAAGUGGAGUCUGACCAUGGUGGCGAGCUGACAGUGGAGUCUGAAAAUGGUGUAAUCAUACAUGAAGCCCAUGGCCUGCAGUGCAACGAGUGUGGGGAGAUUUUUGGCAGCAUAGCUGAUCUUCACCAACACUUUGAGAUCCAUAAGGACCUCAAUCCUUACAUCUGUGUCCACUGUGGUGAGAGCUUUGCUGUGGAGGCCAGCCUUAAGCAGCACAUGAAGAUUCACAUGAAAGAAAAGCCCUAUGUACCCCCUGGAGUUGAGAUUAUGGGCAAGGAUGUUAUUGAUGCCUUUAGCCUCAAGUCUCAUCAGAUGAUUCAUUUGCCAGACAAGCCCCACAGAUGCUCAGAGUGUGGUAAGAGUUUUGCGGCUGCAAUCACCCUGAGAGAACACAUGAAGAUGCAUUCAGAGGACAAGCCCUACAAAUGCACCCAGUGUAGGAAGAGCUUUGUCCGCAGAAGGCAUCUGAAAAAACACCAGGAGGUCCAUGCCCGUGAGAAGCCAUACACUUGCGGCCAGUGUGGCAAAGGCUUCGCCACAACUUCCAACCUUAAGCAGCACCAGAAGACCCAUGCUGCAGUUGUGCUUGGAGACAAACCCCACCGCUGCACACAGUGUGGAAAGUGUUUUGCGGCUGCUGCCACUCUGAGGGAGCACCAGAGGAUCCACUCGGGUGAGAAGCCGUACAAAUGCAACAUGUGCAGGAAGAGCUUUGUUCGCAAACGCCAUCUGAAGAAACACCAGCAAGUCCAUGCCGGAGGCAAGCCCUACACCUGCAGACAUUGCAACAAGGGCUUCAAUCACUCCUCUUCUCUCUCUCGCCAUCACAAGACUCACCUGCAGAAUCCAGUGUUUUCUCCACCUCAGCCUGGGAAACCCAUGUCAUAUGGCACUCCCCCGAAGCAGAGGGUGCACCAGCAGGGAGACAAGCCCUACAUGUGCCACCACUGUGAUAAGGGCUUCAAUCAUUCCUCUUCCCUGUCUCGGCACCAAAGAGUCCACUCAGAGGGAAAGAGUUACACCUGCGCUCACUGUGGCAAAAGAUUCAAUCACUCCUCCUCCCUUGCCAGGCAUCAGAGAGUCCACUUGGAGAACAAACAGCAACAGCAGCAACAGCAACCACCCCAGCCACAACCGCAGCAGUACAGCACGAUCCCCACAGGAAAGGGAUUCCCUAACAACGCCUUCCCAAAACAACGCAUCCUGUCUGUCGAAAAACCGUACAGGUGCUCCCAGUGUGGAAAAGGCUUUAACCAUUCAUCUUCCCUCUCCAGACAUCAUAGGAUCCAUGUAGAUCAGUGAGCACCCUCUCCGACUCUCACAAGCUGUCCCAUGCAAGCGCACACACCCCCACCCCCCAUUUCUGUUCUACCAAUGGUCCCAUCAUUGAUAUCACCACACCACAGGAAACAUCAGGCCAACUUCUAUAGACAAAGUGGUCAGGUCAGCACAUUGCUAUGGUGAAGAGGAGCAGUUGAGAAUAAAUGGACAGUAACACACACAUCUUCAAAAGGAAAUGGCUUGGCCCAAAGGACCAUGUAACCUAUAAUUCAGAGCUGAACCCGGGACUUUGUGCUCAGUUUGAAGAGGGUAUAAUAAUAGAUUGUGAAGGAGCCUCUAUUCUUGUUUGUGAUUGUGCUUCACUUGUACUGGGACCUCUUUUGAACACUUUUAAAGAAAAAAAACGUGAUUUGAAGAUCUACAUGAUAAAAUUGUUACCUGGGGAAAAUAUGCUUCACCCUCUGGCUGGUCUUUUUGAUAGAAGAAUUCAGUUUAUGUACCUUGAGGUGGGCACCCGUGCUUCUCAGCUGCAACUUUAUUCAAGACUACCAACACAAUUGGUGAACAAAGAACUGUUGUCUCGAUUUAGUUAUUUCUUUUUCACCUGCAUAACCCAUGUGAAGCAAACAUUGAAAAUCCAGUGUAAAUACUUAUUGAUUUUCUUUUAUAUAUAUGUAUAGGUGACUAGUGUGCUGUUCCAAAAGAUUACAUUUUUGAUAGUAAGAUCCACUUUGUCUCCACCUUUUUUUUUCCUUUUAUGACUUUAAUUUGUUUUAAGUGUUGGAGAUAAACAUGUUGCAAGUGUUCACAUGCAGCUUGUUCUUGAAUUUGGGCUCCAUCAGACAUGAGCCAUCUUGUAUAUUUAUGAGGUUGUUUUCUCAUAUGUCUGCUAUGGGUUAGCACUGCUGCAUAGACUGUACAGAAAGCAAUACUGGCUGACAUCCUGACUCUAUUAUGACAUGCAAUUUAGCCAUAAGAAAAUGCAUAAUAGAAAUAAAAACCUACUGGGUAGCAUAUUACAACAUGACCCGUGUCCUAAUUAUUUACUGUGCAGUUUCCUCUGUACCCCAGCACCAAAUGUACAUGAAAUGCAUCAUCACACUUUUGUUUGUUUUGGAGACUAAUUCAAUGACCUGUGUAUAGAAUAUAGGUAACACUUACUCAUGUUGAUCUGCAGACUGUCACAAUUUGAUCUAAAAAAAAAAAAAAGGUUGUGUAUACUAAAAGACUACACGAAAAUCUCACUUUUACAAGAUUUUUCGAAUUCCAAUGGAUUGCGCUCUAUUUACUGUUCUGUGUAAAAUAUCUUUUACAAACUGAUGUAUUUUUUUAGAUAUGGCUUGGGUUAUAUGAAAGGGAAUGAGAGAUAUACAGUUUUUAUGGGAGUGAACAUUAUGGUGAGCAAUAUUUUCUUUUCUUUUCAUUUGGAUAACAAUUGUGCUUCAAAUUGUAGCAUAGGUUUCUUCCUUGUGUUAGAUAGGUGCCUUAUUGCAUGCUAUGUAGAAAUGUAUGCCGAGCUGUUAUUUGAGAAAAAAGUUAGGGUUUUCAGGAGUCUUUUGUUCUUAUUCAUACUAACUUACCCUACAUUUUAAUUUGAUGUCACUGAUACCUAUUGCUUUUUUGCUUUCAUGUAUAUUACCAUGCGUUUACACUGUUACGACCAUAUUGUCUUUAUUUCCCCCCUUCAUUUUUGUCAAUGGCCUCAUUGUAGAGAGAAAAAUUGUAAAUGAUCCAUAUAGGCUUCUCUUAAGGGCAAAUCCUGUAACACCUCUUCCCAAAUUCUGAGUGGCACAUAUAUGGAUAAAUAAAGGUUGUUGACUCUC